GGUCUCCAAACAGAAACCGCUCCGAUUGGCGCCCUGCGCUUCCCUCCCAGCCCCUUCCUAAUUGAAACCAAAUGUGCGGCGUGCUGGAUGCUGGGAGCCUGGCGCCGGCCCAGGAAUCCUCAGAAUGCGAGGUUUCUCGCAAAGGCAUCUUGCAUCAGCCCCGUGGAUGUGCCGCCGCGGCCGCCGGCUGAGCGGGCGGCCUUCACACCCCGCUCGGCUCUCCCUCCGGCCGGACCGGGACCACAGCUCCGUCCUCGGCCUCUGCCCGCAGCGCGCACUCCUGGAUGAGCGUCCCUCGCUGCCGCUGAGAUGGCCCCGGUCCCCAGGAUGCCCUCGGUGCUGCUCCUGCUGCUGCCCAUCCUGAGUUCUGCAAGAGCCCAGGUCAACCCAGCCGUGUGCCGCUACCCCCUGGGCAUGUCGGGAGGCCACAUUCCGGAUGAGGACAUCACAGCCUCCAGCCAAUGGUCAGAGUCCACCGCGGCCAGAUACGGACGGCUGGACUCGGAGGAAGGGGAUGGAGCUUGGUGUCCCGAGAUCCCGGUGGAGCCUGACGACCUGAAGGAGUUCCUGCAGAUCGACCUGCACUCCCUGCACUUCAUCACACUGGUGGGGACCCAGGGCCGCCACGCGGGCGGCCACGGCAUCGAGUUCGCCCCCAUGUACAGGAUCCACUACAGCCGGGACGGCGCACGCUGGAUCUCCUGGCGGAACCGGCACGGGAAGCAGGUGCUGGACGGAAGCAGUAACCCCUACGACAUCUUCCUGAAGGACCUGGAGCCGCCCAUCGUGGCCAGAUUCGUCCGCUUCAUCCCGGUCACCGACCACUCCAUGAACGUGUGCAUGAGGGUGGAGCUCUACGGCUGCGUCUGGCUGGACGGCUUGGUGUCCUACAACGCUCCGGCCGGACAGCAGUUCGUGCUCCCUGGAGGCGCCGUCAUCUACCUGAACGAUUCAGUCUACGACGGAGCCGUCGGGUACAGCAUGACCGAGGGGCUGGGCCAGCUGACGGACGGGGUGUCCGGCCUGGACGACUUCACCCAGACCCACGAGUACCACGUGUGGCCCGGCUACGACUACGUGGGCUGGAGGAACGAGAGCGCCGCCAACGGCUACAUCGAGAUCGUGUUUGAAUUUGACCGCAUCAGGAACUUCACCACCAUGAAGGUGCACUGCAACAACAUGUUCGAGAAGGGCGUGAAGACCUUCAAGGAGGUGCAGUGCUACUUCCGCGCGGAGGCCGGCGAGUGGGAGCCCAACGCCGUGUCCUUCCCGCUGGUGCUGGACGACGUGAACCCCAGCGCCCGCUUCGUCACCGUGCCCCUGCAGCACCGCAUGGCCAGCGCCCUCAAGUGCCAGUUCCACUUCGCCGACACCUGGAUGAUGUUCAGCGAGAUCACCUUCCAGUCAGAUGCUGCCAUGUACAACACCUCCGGGGCCCUGCCCGCCUCGCCGGGGGCGCCCACCACCUACGACCCAAUGCUGAAAGUCGACGACAGCAACACCCGGAUCCUGAUUGGCUGCCUGGUGGCCAUCAUCUUCAUCCUCCUGGCCGUCAUUGUCACCAUCCUCUGGAGGCAGUUCUGGCAGAAGAUGCUGGAGAAGGCCUCCCGGCGGAUGCUGGACGACGAGAUGACCGUCAGCCUGUCCCUGCCCAGCGAGUCCAGCAUGUUCCACAACAACCACUCCUCACCGCCCAGUGAGCAGGGCUCCAGCUCCACCUACGACCGCAUCUUCCCGCUGCGGCCGGACUACCAGGAGCCCUCCAGGCUGAUCCGCAAGCUCCCAGAGUUCGCUCCCGGGGAGGAGGCGCCGGGCUGCAGCGGCCUUACCAAGCCAGGCCCGCCCAGUGGCCCCGAGGGCGCGCCCCACUACGCAGAGGCGGACAUCGUGAACCUGCAGGGCGUGACCGGGGGCAACACCUACUCCGUGCCCGCCCUCACCAUGGACCUGCUCUCGGGGAAGGACGUGGCCGUGGAGGAGUUCCCCCGGAAGCUGCUUGCCUUCAAGGAGAAGCUAGGGGAAGGCCAGUUCGGGGAGGUCCAUCUCUGCGAAGUGGAGGGGAUGGAAAGGUUCAAAGGCAAAGACUUGGCUGUGGAUGCCAGCGCCAGCCAGCCGGUCCUGGUGGCUGUGAAGAUGCUCCGGGCAGACGCCAACAAGAACGCCAGGAAUGAUUUCCUAAAGGAGAUAAAGAUCAUGUCCCGGCUCAAGGACGCCAACAUCAUCCGCCUCUUAGCCGUGUGCAUCGCCGACGACCCUCUGUGCAUGAUCACCGAGUACAUGGAGAACGGGGACCUCAACCAGUUCCUCUCCCGCCACGAGCCGCCCAGCUCCAGCCCCAGCCAGGUGCCCACUGUCAGUUACGCCAACCUGAAGUUCAUGGCGACGCAGAUCGCCUCUGGCAUGAAGUACCUUUCCUCCUUGAAUUUUGUCCACCGAGACCUGGCCACACGGAACUGCCUGGUGGGCAAGAACUACACCAUCAAGAUCGCCGACUUCGGGAUGAGCCGGAACCUGUACAGCGGGGACUACUACCGCAUCCAGGGCCGCGCCGUGCUGCCGAUCCGCUGGAUGUCCUGGGAGAGCAUCCUGCUGGGCAAGUUCACCACAGCCAGUGACGUGUGGGCCUUCGGGGUGACCCUGUGGGAGGCCUUCACCUUCUGCCAGGAGCAGCCCUACUCCCAGCUGUCCGACGAGCAGGUCAUCGAGAACACCGGCGAGUUCUUCCGGGACCAAGGGAGGCAGACCUACCUCCCGCAGCCCGCCAUCUGCCCCGACUCCGUGUACAAGCUGAUGCUGAGCUGCUGGCGGAGGGACACGAGGCACCGGCCCUCGUUCCAGGAGAUACACCUGCUGCUGCUCCAGCAGGGCGACGAGUGACCGCCUCCGGGCCAGGCCGCCCGCGCCCCGCGCCCGCGCCACGCCACGGACCGAGUGCACGCGAGGCAGGCUGUCCCUUUCCUCCCGCCCCUCGUUUCCCACCGCUCCACCCCCCUGUCCACCCCUGACCCAUAUAUACUUUUUUUUACAUUAAAGAACUAAAAAAGAAAAAAACCGCUAGGGCAGGUAAAAUCCAGUAAAGAAACCUUCAUUGAUGUACCAGUGUUGAGAACAAAGCUAGAUGAUUUAGAUAAUUUAUAAAGGCUAAAUAUGCUUAUGUUUAUAAAUGUGCAGGUUCUACAAUAUUUUUUUUUUUAUGUUGCCUUUAAAAAUAGUAUCAGAAGUAAAACCUUGAAUACUAAUGUCUUAGGAACCCAGAGAUCAGGUUGGGGAAAGCGCACGGCCAGUGGCGCCUUGGACUGGGCUCGGCCCUCGCUCUGUGCGUCCCUCUUGGGUCCAAGUAGCUGUCACCUGUUUGAAAAAGCGCCGCUCUCUGGAAUGGGUGUUUUGUUCAUUCGUGGGCAGGGCUCAGGGUGGAGGUCUCUGUGCCUAGAAACAGACUGCGUAGGAAGGAAUUGUAUUGUGUGGAGGUAGGAAGGGCUGUCAUUGCAAACAAGCCCGCGGACAGCCCCGUCUUACAUGGCCAGGUGUGUCUCCGUGAGGCCGCUUCGGAAUCCGUAAAAACUGCUGUUUCGAUAGCUUUACCUCGGCCCUUUGGUUCAUCUUCUCUAAAGCUGCCAACUGUUUUAAUAAAGGGUGGGCGGGGUUCCUCAGGCGUGUGCCAUAGGGGAGCGCCUGCUCCGAGGGUUCCUAGGGGCCGCCUGGGACCAGCGAGGGGAGCGCCGCCCCCCUUUGCCAGGGGCGCACAGGAUGAGUGGGCUGAGGAGUGAGGGAGGCAGACGUAGCUGUGGACCCCAGAGCAGUGAUGUGUGGACGGUGCUGGGUGACCCUCUGCACAGGCCACGUGUGAUGGAGAGAAAGAGGGAGGCCUGGCUUCCCAACCUGUGGGAACAGAUACCGGUCAAAUCAGAGUCCCGUCAGAAUGGCUCCCGAGCUCCCGACCCCCACACCCCCAGAGUCAGGGGACAGCAGUGAAGGGAACCCCAAUUUCCACUAAGGGGACACAAGGGAAGACGGCAGAGGACACGGCUCAGGCUCAGGAGCAGCGUGACCCCUGGGCCUGCUUCUGACGCCCUUGCCUCCCUGCUCAGCCCCCAGCCUUGCUCCAGGCCAUGGCAGACACCUCACCCCCGCUCCCCAGGGCACUGGCAGGGCCUCUCCUUCCCCCAGCAAACGCCCUUCCUGUCGUGUCCUGGGACUCCGUCUCCAGUCUCUCCCUCGAUGAACUGGAGGAUCGCAGGUGGGGAGUCAGGACAGUGGCUUGGGGAGCUUGACCCGUUUCUGCUUUGAGCAGCUGUGCCAUCUUGGACAAGUCUGCUGCCUGCACUGUGUCUCCUGGUCUGUGAGCUGAGAGUGCUGCAGCGGUGGCCGCGAGGGCUCCCAGUCCCAUGUGUCCAGUCUUGCUGGGAACCUGCUCACCUCCUGCCCCGAGAACUGUGGUCGGCAGGAGGUUGUCAGGGAAGUUGCUCCAGCCGCACUAGUAACACCGCCAUGUGUGCGCUCCCACGCCCGUCAGACACCUGCAGGGCUGAACACGCUCACUUCCCCCUUGGGACUUGCCCCUCUCUGCUCACAAGGUCCGUGUUAGCAUCACGUCCUAUUGAGAGUCCCCAGAGAAACAGCGGAUAGGAGACACACACACGUUUCUGAUUCUUUUUUUUUUUUUUAAAUAUAUUUUAUUGAUUUUUUACAGAGAGGAAGGGAGAGAGAUAGUUAGAAACAUCGAUGAGAGAGAAUCAUCGAUCAGCUGCCUCCUGCACAUCUCCUACUGGGGAUGUGCCCGCAACCCAGGUACAUGCCCUUGACCGGAAUCGAACCUGGGACCUCUCAGUCCGCAGGCCGACGCUCUAUCCACUGAGCCAAACCGGUUUCGGCACGUUUCUGAUUCUUAUAAGGAAUCGGCUCAUGGCACCAUUUGUAGGGCCGAGCAAGAGACCCAGGAGACUGUGGUCGCCUCUGAGGAUAGACCACCGGGGGCCAGUCCAGGGAGGAGGCUGAGGAGUCAGCUCAGCUUCAGGCGGAGUGGACUCCUUUCCUUCCACUCGAGUCCUCAUCACAGUGGGUGCGGCCCACACACUGGACAGGCCUCUGCCUUCCUCAGUCCAAUAACCCACAGCUAAUCUCGUCCGGAAGCAGCUCUCAGACACCGAAUAACGCUAACCUGGCACCACAGGGCCCGUAGGGUGAGCAGAUAAGAUCAGUCAUCACGUUUCUCUAGAAUUCAAGGGACUUGAGCACGACCCCAGUGGGGCCCAGCCGGCCCUGCCAGGACUGCUGGGGGCAGGAGGGCGGCAUUUCUCCCGUCCUGCGCCUAACUUUUCUCCUCUGCUUCUUUCCCACAUCCCGCCUCAACCCCUGCAUUUCAUGACCCCGCAGAGAGCAGUCCUAUUUAGAUGGAAUGUGGGGUGUCUCUGUUCCCCGGCCGUGGGCGAGAGAGGUCAUCGGCUCCAGGUGGCUGGCAGACCAUCAUUGCGUCCUGUUAGCCUUUCUAAACGUCACCUUUAUUCUGCAUAUGGAACGUUUUCCGUCCAGGUGGUGGUUUUGGAGUCAGAUCGGAAUGUCUGUGUAGGCGGGUCAGUGUGCUGAGAGCUAGGCCCAGACUCACCUGCUCAGAAAGGACUGGCCUGGAGGCCGGAGGGGGCUGUGGUGUCAGCGCAGGGGCAGGAUCGCCUGCAGGUGCCCCAGGUGUGAGGAGCACAGGACGGAGGGGGUGGCAGAUGGUGAAUGAAUGUGUGUGUGGCUGAGCGGAGGCCGGUGGCAGGAAAAGGCCGCAGGAAGGAGAGCGGACCUCGCAUAGGUGGCUGCGAAGGGUCAGGAGCCGGACAGACUCCGGCGAGGGUGAGACUCUGUUCUGGAGACGGAACUAGUCAGGGCAGAAAAAGUAAGUGUCGUGAAGAUGAAAGGAGGAUAUGUAUGGAGAGAAGGAAUUCUGGAUGAUGAAAAAGGAGACGUCAGGGGCAGCGUGAACAGAAGGGAGCUUUGCAGAGCCUCUGAGAGAGAAGGUCCUCGUGGGCAUGGCCCACGGUGCCCGGCAGGGAGGCCCUUUCAUUCCCAAGGAAGCAGGUGGCGGAGGUCUGGGCGCCUGUAACCUCAGCUGCGAACCCAUCGGCUCAGCCCGCCGUGGAUCUGGUUCCCAAGAGCUGUCUGGGAUGCAGACCUGGGCCUGGGGAACUGGCAGACCACCAGCCGGCUUUGCGACCCAUCUCUUGCUUCUGUUAAGGGAUCACUGCUGGGCCCAGAAGGGCCACAGACACAGGGAAGCAUUAGGCUCUAGAUCGGUCGACUCAGUCUCAUUUGACACCCACGCAGAGGUGGGUGCGGGUGGAAGCGCUGUGUCGUUCUCCCUCCAUCCAGGCUUCCGCACGAAGUGGAGCUCAACCAUGUGUUUUGUGUCAAAGGAGAACAGAGAAGAGGGAAAGAGGAAGAAGUUUCAAGGAAAUAUUCUAAAACAGAGUAGCAUCUGCUUUGCCCAAAACUAUAAAAAAAAGUGAAGAAAAUUAUAGUUAAGCCUUAAAUUAUUCUUCAAAUAGGACUGCUAAGUCCCUGAUCCUAAGUUGAAUUUAGCGUAGUCCUGCCCUCUUCGCCUUUUCCGUGAGACCUCUGACCUCUGACCUGUGGCCUGGCAAAUGGCAGGUCCCUGAAUCCUUCUGGGAGUUACAGAUCCUGGUGUAUGUUGGGAAAUCCUCCUGAACAGAAAUUUAACAUUUUUACGAAGCAAAUGAAUGUCUUUUCCACUUGGUAAAUGAAUUGGAAUGCUUCCCAACACGGGAAGAAGCUGGAAUGAUCAAUGAGGACUGGAUUGCUGGCAUUUUGACUUCUCUGCUACAAUCAGCUGCACUACUUGGUAGGCAAUUGUUUCUAAAACUACUUAUUUCAAAACAUUUUAAAACUGGCAAGAAGUUGCAAAACUAGUACAGAGUGGCCUCACCCUAACACCAGGCUUUCCCACUGAUAACAUCUUACGGAACCAUCACGCUUUUCCAAAGCCAGAAAACGGACAUUGGUCUCAUAUUAGCGCAACCGCAGAUCACACUCAGAUUCCACCAGCUCUUCACCUGCACUGGUUUGUUCUGGAUGGUCUAACCCUUGCUGGUUUGUAACCUGGCCUUGCUUGGAGGCCUCGAGAAAGACACCAUCUGGAUACAAAUGUACAAACUCUUAAAGGGAAUGUAACAAACUCACUUGUUCCUUUAUCACCGAGCAUUAUCCUGCCUGGGCCGCGAACGUGCACGCAUCUGCUGACUUUGCUUGGCUGUUUAGCAUCUGGAAUCAUCAAGAACAACUUGGAAGAAUCAGGCAACACAGAGAACAGUGAAGACCUGACAGGGUUUGCUGGCUAGAGAAUCUAUAAUAAUAAAAGUGUAAUAUGCUAAUUAGACCGGAUGUCUUUCUGGAUGGCCUUCUGGACGAAGCCAGGGCUGUGAGGGAAGCCUGGGUCCCAGGUGCCAGAAGGAAGCUGGUGCCGGCAGCCGGGGAAUUUUGUGCAUCGGGCCUCUAGUCAGGUAUGAAGGGAAAUCCAGGCAGUUCCUGCUGUUUCUACAGCAAGGAAGGAUCAUAAUUGUGGCAAAGAGAGCACUCCAGAGUGAACCAGUGUUUUGGUCAAGGAGUAGGUGGCACCGAGUUAUGGCCCCAGGGCACCUUGUGGGAGGACUAGAAUACAGUGGAAUAGACCCUAAAUGUGAUAAACUAGUUUCAGAAUAGUAGAGGUUUCAUUUGCCUGAAUAUCUGUUCUGAAAUGAAAUAAACCACACUAGACCAAAUUAAAUACUAAUCUGUUCUGAAAUGAAAUAAACCACACUAGACCAAAUUAAAUACUAAUUUCAGGGGGGAGGGGAAGGGGUGGCUGGUAUUGGGGCUCCAGCUCUGUGGCUCCCAGCUGCGAGGUUUGUGGCGGUGUCUGAAGUGCCCUGUUUAGGACUCACCAAAUUGUAACUUGUUUACCACUGCGUCCCAUAUCCUGUAAAGUUCCUGGCCCAGACUCGCCUGCUGGGCACCCCGUACAUGCUUACUGAGUGUUGUCUUUGAAUGAAUCAAAUAUAGAAACAGAAACUUGUCCAACUGCAUGACUGUGGUGAAUUGGGGAGAAUUGCUCUGCUGUGAGAUAGAGGGUUUUUCACUUGAGGAGAGAGUAGAAAGGGCCAGAGCUUACUGGUGGAGAACAGACCCACUGGUGGAUGUCCUGUGUGUGCCUUAUUCUUUGAGGUCUUUCGACAGCAUUUCAAGGUCGUUCUGUAUAAGGCACCCCGUCCAGAGCAGGCACCAGACUCUGGCCCCAAAGUCAGCCCUUUGGAAACAAGUCUUGCCGAUGUCUGGUCAAUGACCUCCAGGACUCUAAAGGGGCAGGACCCGUCAGCCCGAGCUCGCCGAGCUCGCGGGCAUUCGGGACCCGCAGGUACCAGCACAGGGGGGUUUGCGAGGUUUGAGGGAGGGCACCGUGGGGUAGGCAAUCACUCCGAGUGAAAACUUGUUUUCCUGAAAAGAGGCUGGGAACUAACAGAACUUGUGAGCGUUCCUACAAACACACCGAGUGCGCAGUCUAGCUGCUCACGUCCGCCCUUCGCUAUCCACGCCGCCCAUCCCACUCCCCUGUUGUCUGUCUGUCCGUCCGUCCGUCCGGUGGCUCUGCUUCUGCUGCAGCGAGGAGCAGGCUUCCUGGGGGAGGGCACACCUGGGCUGCUCUGCGGACUCUGGAGGGACAUGUGGCUUGGCAAGGGGUAAAGAGAAAACUGACUUAAUUUCUGCUUAAAACUAUUGUAGUCAUUCCAAAAUAGAGCAUGUAAGAAUUCUCUGUAUUAGAAAAAGAACGAGAUACCAAUUGUAUAUUUUCUUUUCUUUAUUUAUUCUCUGUAAGUCUGAUAAUGGUCAACUGUAAAUAACAAUGAUUAAAGAAAUAUGCGCCUGA